AUGUCAUUUUUAACAUCCCUAGGAACGUUAGAUUUUGUGAAAAUUGUUAUUUCAAUCAUUUUAAUAUACUUGGCAUACUUUUAUCAUAAAUAUUUUACAAGACCUAAUCCACUACCAGGCCUCAUCCCUCUUACUAUUGUUGGUGAUGUGUUAAGAUUAAUAUUACUAGCAAAUGGUGAUUUGGCGGAAUUGUUGAAAUUAUUGAAUAAGAAACAUGGUGACAUCUUUGAAAUAUAUUUUGGUAGUACCCGUCUUAUUGUAUUUGCAAGAGCUGAAUAUGUUGAAAAAUUGAUGGCAGCUUCUACCAAAAGUAAUUAUGUAAUUCGAUCGGAAGAUUUACCUUCAUUAGAUGAAUUGGGAGUAAAAGGAAAAGGGAUUUUAUUGAAUAGUAAUAUUCCUGCUUGGAGGUUCAAUAGAAAAUUCUUAACACAGGCUAUUUUGGCUCCAAGCUUUUCUAAAGAAGUUUUACAUUGGACCCCAAUUUUGUUUAAUGAAUUAAAUGGGUAUUGGAAAGAAAUUGGAGAGAAUGCGCCGAUUGAUUUCGCUGUAUGGAUUCAUAGAUUUACCACUGACAUCAUUUUUCAAUUGACUGUUGGGCUAAAAGUUAAUGCAAUGGCCACUUAUUUUAACAAUGUUGAACCAUCAAAGAGGAUACAUAUCGACCCAAAUCCUGUAGUUGAAGACAUUGCAAAUUUCGCUGACGAAGCCGAGAAAGGAUUAAAUGAUCUAGAUUUUGCUCUUACUUAUCCCGCUUUUAUUAGACACACUAUAUUAAGAAAAAAGAAUCAGGCCAUGAUUGAUAAUAGGCGUAAAGUUGUUGAAACCAUGAUAAAAAUUAUUGAUCAUCGACGAAAAGAAAUUGAAGAAAUAUCAAUUAAUGAAGAAUUGAGACAUGAUAUGUUAUCUUCUUUGAUCACCGCAAAUACCGAGCGUGAUAUCAAUGACUCCAAAUAUAUUAAUGAAGAAUAUAAACCUUUAAAUAAUGAUGAAAUCAGUCAAAUUUUACUUGAAGCUAUCAUUGGCGGGAUUGACACAACAGCGAAUUUAUUAUGUUUUAUCAUUUAUUAUUUAUGCCACUAUCCUAACGUUUUGACUCGUUUACGAAAUGAACUUGAUUCAAUAUUUUGUUUGGAUCAAAAUCGUUUACCUACAAUGGAAGACCUCUCAAAAAUGCAAUAUGCAGAAGCUAUAAUUAAGGAAUGUUCACGUCUUGUAAAUACAGUCAAACUAGCUCAACGUAUUUCUUCAUCGUCAGAUGUUGUGGCAGGAUUUGAAUGGCCUGCAAAUACAUCAUAUAUUGUAUAUAUCGAAGGAAUUCAUCUAAAUCCCGUUCAUUGGAAAGACCCUUAUAACUUUAAUCCUGAUCGAUUUAUAGAAACUGAACCACAAAAGAAUACGUUUUUGAUGUUUGGAGGUGGAGUGAGAAUAUGUCCAGGGAGAAAAUUGGCUCUUGUUGAAUUGAAAUGUUUAAUCGCUUUAAUUUAUAGGAAUUUAGAUAUUACAUUAAUAGAUAUGAAUGCUCCUUUGAAUUUGAAACAUCAUAUUAUAAAUAGUUGUACUGAAUUAAAGAUCAGAGUUAAACAACGAUCAAUAUCGUAA